CACCCUCAGCCCCACGCUGUGCGAUCGGUGCGGGGGAGGCUCCCGCCGUCCGCGGAGAGUCGCGGUUCCCGUCCCCGCCUCGGCGGCCCCGCCCGCGCGGGACCCGGAUGGGCCCUACGUGACGCGGGGGGGCGGUGGCCGCUCCCGCUUCUUCCCCCCCCGCUCCGGAGCCGCCGCGGGGCGGGCAGCAGGUGAGGGCGGGCGGGCCCGCUCCUCUCCGGGGCGGCGGGUGCCGGGACGGGCGGGGGAGAGAGGCGGCACCGCCCCCGUGCUGGCCCUUCUCCCUCCUUCGGCAGAUGUGGCGGCGGGCGGCGCGGCGCCGGGCUGGGCGCGGAAGACGCGGCGGCGGCAGGUGCUUCCCCCGCGGCCCGGCAGGGGGCAUGAGCGCGGCCCCGGCACCGUUAACCGAGUACCGGCAGCGCGGGAGGCGCCUGUCAGGAUCUUUCUUCGUUGUUGACCUGGAUUCAUUAGAAUUAACUGGACGUUGUGUCUUUUCCCACUUUGUUCACACAAACCUUUGAUCAUCUGAGUCUCUUGAAGAAUGCUAUGGAGACACUGCUAAGUCACGGCUCAUUUUGCGCCCUCGCAGGGACCCAGUCUCCCUUGAGAAAGGGAGAGCCUUCCUAACAAUCUGGAAGACUUGCUGUUCCACUGAGCAUACUGCUGUUUCGCUACUCCGUGUCCGUGGAUGAACUGGAAGUGAAGCAAACCUAGAGAGGAACUUCACUUACCUUUAAUGAACGUCAGAAAACAGCAUUGCCACGGCUGCCUACCCAGCAGACCUGCUUACGAGAGCCAGAGGGAUGGUGGUAGUUACGGGGCAGAACAAAGUGAGUGGAAACCCGGAUGAUGCCAUGUCGAGCUCAGAUGCAGAGGAUGAUUUCCAAGAGCCAGCCACUCCUACUGCAACCCAGGCAGGACAAGCACUACCUCUGCUGCCUCAGCAGUUUCCAGAAGUUGUUCCACUAAACGUAGGAGGCAUGUAUUUUACAACAAGACUGUCAACACUGAGACGUUAUGAGGACACAAUGUUGGCGGCUAUGUUCAGUGGAAGGCACUAUAUUCCAACGGAUGCUGAAGGCAGAUACUUUAUUGACAGAGAUGGAACCUACUUUGGAGACAUACUUAACUUUCUACGAUCUGGUGACCUGCCACCACGAGAGCGAGUGAGGUCAGUUUACAAGGAAGCUCAGUAUUAUUCCAUAGGACCACUGCUAGACAAUUUAGAGGACAUCCAGCCUCUUAAAGGAGAAAAAGUUAGACAAGCUUUCCUGGGCCUAAUGCCAUAUUACAAAGAUCAUUUGGAACGGAUAAUCGAAAUAGCAAAGCUUAGAGCUAUGCAAAGAAAAGCAAGAUUUGCAAAAUUGAAGGUCUGUGUCUUCAAAGAAGAGAUGCCCAUCACUCCCUACGAAUGCCCACAUUUCAAUUCUUUACGUUUUGAAAGGAGUGAAAGUGAGACAAAGCUAUUUGAACAUCAUUGCGAAGUAGAUGUAUCAUUUGGCCCCUGGGAGGCUGUAGCUGACGUAUAUGAUCUUUUGCACUGUAUUGUGACAGACUUGUCUGAUAGAGGGAUAACUGUGGAUCAUCAGUGUAUCGGGGUAUGUGAUAAACACCUGAUAAAUCACUAUUACUGCAAGCGACCUAUCUAUGAAUUCAAGAUUACUUGGUGGUGA